AUGAAGCUGCAACUGUUGACUGUCGCAGCGGCUACAGUCCCCCUUUGCUCUACCCUUGCGAUCCAGGACGUCUUCGGCGACCUCAAGGACCUUAAACAUUCUUUGUUCGACGUCCAGAGCAAGAACCCACUCGAUAAUGCUGUCGAGCGGUCCCCCACCUUCACCCCUGCAGAGGUUCUAGAUUCCGAUACCGACAUCGACCAGUACCUCUCCAUCAAUACCAACGACGUCGACAGCUGGAUAAAGAACUUCUUCAGCCAGCCCAUCAGCGAAGUCACAAAUGUUCCAUCUGACCUCAUCGAUCUCGACCGCGACAUCAGCGUCAAUUCCAUCGCUAAUCCGCACCAUUCCGAUAAGACAAUAUACCAGCUCAUUGCAGAAAGCAAAUACACUACCAUCCUGACCAAAAUCAUCAACGAAGACCACGAACUGGUGAACUAUCUCAAUUCGACCGAUCACAAUCUCACCUUCUUCGCGCCAACCGACCAUGCUUUCCGCAAGAUCCCGCAUCAUCACCAUCACCGGGACCACGAUGGUGGUGAUGAUGACGAUGGCGACGGCGACGGCGAUGACCAUCGCAUUCCCAAAGAAAUAAUCCGCGGAAUCCUGCGCUACCACUCUUCGCCACAGGUUCUCAACGCCGUGAGGCUCUUCCACAGCCAUACCAUCCCCAGUGCCCUCAACUCCACCCUUCUCGGCACUACCGACAGCCACAACGACGAGGACAAAGACAAGAUUAGACACGGCCUCCCGCAACGCCUCACUGUCCGCGCCGGCUUCAAAGGCCUAACCCUGAACUUCUACAGCCACAUCAUCGCCGCUGACAUCACCGCGUCCAACGGCCUCGUCCACGCACUAGACUCCAUCCUCCUCCCCCCACCACCAGCUUUACACCUCCUAACGAUCCUCCCCACAAAAUUCUCCACCCUAAACCAAGCUCUACACCAGACCUCCCUGGCAGGGCAUCUCAACACAACAACCCAGAAAUCCGGACACGGAUUCACGCUCUUCGCGCCCUCGAACACCGCCUUCCAACGCCUCGGCCUGAGUGUCAACGCCUUCCUCUUCUCUCCCCCGGGUCUGCCGUACCUCAAAGCCCUGAUAAAGUACCACAUUGUCCCAGGACGGACACUGUACAGCGAUGUGCUGUACACAUCUGGCGGGGAGAUAAAGCCAUUCGGACUGGGACUCGGGCUUGGAUCCUCCCAAUCAGCUAAUGCGAAUAAUGUCGGCACGCAUCUUGAUCUCCCGACGCUGCUGGGGGAGCAUAAGAUUGCUGUUGAUUUAACGCACCUAGGUCCGUACGUGAGCUUUAAGCUGAAUGGGUGGCGGCGCGUGGGGUUUGCGGAUGUGUUGAGUAAAGACGGGGUUAUUCAUGUCUUGGAUCGGGUGUUGAUCCCGCCGAGGAGGUUGGAGGGGGAUGCGGUGUUGCUUGGGGAAGAGGGGGAUGGGGAUGACGAAGUGGAGAUUGAGGAGUUGGUGGAGAGAUUGGGGCCUUGGGUUGAGGAUGAUAAGGAGGACGGUGUUGAGGAGGAGCUCCCGCAUGCUGGGGAGCUGUGA